GGAGAAGCAAAUGUUUUAUCCAGGUGUUUGUUGAGAUUAACAUAUUUUAAAAUGCAACCUUUGUACUCUAGGCUCCAGGUCUUUAUUAGACUUAUUACCAGCCAGUAAGCUCUGUUACAGAUCAUUUGAGUUUUAGGAUUUGUCAAGACAAAUAUAUAAUUUUAUUCUCUUAAAACUGAUUGUAUCAUAAAAGUUAUGGUCAUUGUAUUAAACCAGAAGGCUCCAACAGAUACAGCCAUCUAAAAUGAAAAACCUGUGGCUAACAGACUUUUUUUUAGUUGCUUAAGCAAAUACAACAAAAUCAAAACAAACAAAUUCUAGGGAUGUAUUAAUUCCAGUGACAGUGUUUCCUCUAUUCAUUCUUAAAUAGCAGAAACAUUAGCUUUCUAUUCUUUCUCACUUAUUAACACCUGAAUCUUUUUAAGAUAUCUGCCUAGCUAACAGAAGAGUUGGCUAAUGGGCAGGGAACUUCCAAUUGUUGGAUUUCAUUCAUCCACCAAGCUAAAGUCUAGCCCCAGUCUCUAACCCCAUUCUCUGUUCCUUUAAACUUUUCAGCUUUUCUUUGCUUUUGUAGAAUUGCAGCCCGUGUUGUGCUCCUGGGCACCGAAGAAGCCCCCCAUGUUGGCGGGCUUCCCGGGAGCUUGCCACUGCCCAGAGGGCAGGCUCCAUCUUUCCAGUUGGGUCAGCUAGAUCUAUGAACAAUGUCGUCCUGGUCUGCGGCUGUCCUGUGACCUGAACGACAAACUCCCAACGCACCUGCUCCAAACUUAGCCACAAAACCACCUUCGCCGACUGCUGUGGGCAUCGGUCUCCUGAACCUUCUGAAGACCCUUCUGAAGACUGCUGACACCAUGUCUCAUCCCAUGUAUAAUCCUUUCAACCCUGGUAAGAGGAUGCGGCCCCAAGGAGCAUAUGUACACCCAGGUGGACAAAUGGAGAUGAACCCUCGGAGGCCACCACCUCACCCUGGCGCUGGUUCCAAUUCCGGCUCUUCUGGGUCUACUGCCAUCAACUGUGGACCAUCUGGAGGACCUAUCCCGUCCCUUCUGAGUUUGCCAAUAAACUACAGACCUGAGAGAAGUACGGUACCAGUAGACAAGGACAUAGACCAACGUUUGGACUUGAACAUCAGCAGAGCCAGGGAGGAGGCUAUGCAAAAUUCUGCAAGCCAAAACACCCAAUUUACCAAUGUUGAAAGAGACACGUUUCCAUCCACAAACACUGGGAUGCAGUCAUAUUUGCCACCUCCUGCUGCUCAAGUGAACAUACCCUUCACUGUCGAGAGAGACAGCACCUCCUUGAACUGGGCCUCAGUGGAAGAGUCGUCAAAAAUGUAUCCUUCUGCUCCACCCACCUUCCUAGGCAGUGGUGAAGGUGGGAAUCAGUCCUUUGUUAGUUUGGGUAAUUAUGACACUUGUAUGUCUGACAAAUCUGCGCCUCCUUGGGAGUCCAUUCACUCCACAUACACUUCAGAAUCGGCCACGGACAUCCUCCAGCAGUUUGGGCUUCUGAGGGAAGACCUGCACCGCCUAACGUCAUACCCCGAACACCAGAUCACCCCCGACAACCUGCCUUUCAUCUUAAGGCAAAUCCGACUGGAGAAGGAGACGAGAGCGCCAACUUCAGUUCACUCAACAUCCUACGAUGAAGCUCAACCCAUGAGGAGUAUGGGUGAAAUGGACGAGUUGAUUACCUCCAGAGGGCCAGUGUUGGAUCCAGAUCAAGUAACUUUGACGGUUGUCAAACAAAGCAAAGUGAUUGACUAUGGACAUUCCUCAAAAUCAGAGUUGUCCUCUUUUGGUCAACUGAACAAGGACACAGAUUUAAGACAACUCAUGCCUGAAGUUCCAUCCAAGAACCCAGGACCAGCUCACCAGGCAGCCUCUGAAACCCAGCUGUCCAAACCACCCUCGAAUUUGAUUCGCGGAGUUCAUCCUGGGCGCCCUGGACUCGUGCUUAUUGGCAGCAAUGUCCAGAGUCAUGAUGACAAUCAGCGCAAAUCUACAAGGCAAGCCUCAAAAGCUCCUGAUUUGGAGAUGAAGAAUAAAACCAAGGGUGGACUGAAGCAACAGCUACAGAGGCACCAGGGACCUCCACAGCCUGUGACGAAGCCACCACCAUUUCUACAACACAUGCAUCCUGCUCCACCUAAUCCAGGGCCAAGCAAGAUGGAUGCCAUGACUCGUGCUGGGCCGCCAAAGCAUCUGCCGCCGCUAGCCCUUAUGGAAGACUGCUCUGCAGCAACACCAAGACUAUUUCCUCAUACCUGUUCUCUUUGUAUUAAACAAUGUACCAAUUUGAAGGACUGGGUCUCCCACCAGAAUACUGGUCUUCAUCUUGGGAACACCACACUACUAAGGGACAGAUACCCUGAGUGGGAUGGGAGGACUCCAGAUUUCUUGAGUGCUUCGGCUUUAGAUUCCCAUCCUAAACACGCAACUCGUGGCCAUAAUUUGCAGAACCGCCGACAGACAUCGUUUCAAAAGAACAUAUCGCGUUUGCCUGCUCCUCACCGCCGACGUGGGUCAGAGGACAGAAAGGAAAAACGGGACAAAAGAUUUAGUCCUGCAAGAUCUCAGAGUCCGCUCCACCAUCAUGGCUCUGAAAGUAGAAGAGGGGGACGGAGUAGCAGAUCACGGUCGCCGCAUGCCUCCAAACACACUCACAGGCCCCGCUCUGAUUCUUAUGAUCGCCAAACUUUGUCACGCUACCGCUCACGUUCAAGAAGUUACGACAGACUGUCCUCUCCCAAGAGGAGGGAAGCCAAGCGGUCGUCGCCGAGGAGAAGCUACGAGCGCCGAUCGUCUCCAAGAAGAAGCUACGAGAAACGCUCGUCACCGAGGAGAAGCCAUGAAAGGCGGUCAUCAGGAGAGAGAUCAGUGUCAGGGCAUAGGAGGUCCAGAAGUGCCGACAGGCUGGCUAAAAGAAUCCUGGGAAAAAAAGCUGUUCAGUCUCUGUCCAAACAGACCGACCUGGAGGCCAUGGUUAAAACUCUGGCUCCCGUUUUACUGGCUGAGCUGGUGAAUUUAAAAUCCUCCGCUGCCUCGUCGUCCUCAAAGACAGAGAAGACGACUUCUUCCCAUAAAUCAUCCAAGGCCACGUCCAGCCGCCCAAAGAGCGGGACAAGCUCUUCAACAAAGCCUGCGCCUGGUAGAUCCAUGACUCCCUGCAUGGUGAAUUUCUCUGGUGUUUUUACUUCUCUUUCGCACACCGACAUGGUCGAAUCCUUGGAGAAAUUUGGAAAAGUAAAAUCGCUAGUUAUGUACAGAUUAACAAAGAAGGCGCGUGUGAUUUUUGAGAAAGCAGAGGAUGCAAAAAAACUGCAGUGCUUGACGAGAUGCAACGUGAAGGGAUUGCCCAUCUCUGUUGACAGACCACUGGGCACCACUUUGAAGAAGUCUCUGCAGAAGACAGCUCCACAGAAAAAAUCUGGUGUCUCCAGUUCUGAAACUACCAAAUCCCACGUCACUGUGAAAGUUAAAAAGCUUGCAUCGUCUGAGACUAAAAACACCACAGCAGGCAAAUUUGUCUCAAAAGCAAAAGUCUUGGUUUCCAAAGCAAAAGGCAUCGCAACAAAGAAGGUCUCUAAAACUGUCAGCAAAUCCAGUAUGAAGGCGAAAAGCACUGGGAAGACGGUUGGAGGGAAAAAUCAGGCUUCAGUGGUCCCAAAAUCCAAGAUUGCAGGAAAGAGACCCCCUGCUGAUAAGGCUAAAAAACCGGUGACAAACUCAAAACUUGUGAGAGACGGUGUCAAAUCUGCACCAAAUAAGGCAUCACAGGUCAGAAAGCAGCCUAACAAAACCGUAGCAGGAAAAACAUCAACUUCUAAACCAAAAACCACCGUCAAAGCUGAAAAGAGAUCUGCAAAGUCUGAAGAGAAAUCUGCAAAGUCUGAAGAGAAAUCUGCAAAGUCUGAAGAGAAAUCUGCAAAGUCUGAAGAGAAAUCUGCAAAGGCUGAAGAGAAAUCUGCAAAGGCUGAAGAGAAAUCUGCAAAGGCUGAAGAGAAACCUAUGAGAUCUGAAGCUAAAUUUAAAGAAAAACCUGUGAAAUCUGAAGAAAAAUCUGUGAAAGCUUCAUCAGAGAAGCAGAAAAAUACUGCAACUUCUGUGGAAGAUCGGAAAACCAAAACUGAAGCUGAGGAAAAGCAGAAAUUGUCUCUAAGGAAGACAGAUACACAGCAAGUUUCUCAAACAUCUGCAAAAGCUUCUGCUGAAUCCUCCACCAUAACAUCCGUCAGUGAUCCGGGUAAAAAUGCUGCUGAACUUCCCCAUGUGGAUGAUAACAGCUUCAAGACUUUAACAGCAGCAAUGAACAAGAACAGACUGACUGAAAGAGCCGCAACUGAAAACAGGAACAAAGAGAGCAAGACGACUCCUGAGGAUGCAAAACAGAAACACCCACCCCACACAAAAGACAAAACUAUACAUUCUUUAGGAGAAUUUGAUGAGCUUGACUUUUACUCUGGAGAUUUUGUAACAGUUGAUGAAAUUAAUGAAGAUGUUGAAGACAUGGUUGUAGAAGAUCGCUCUUCCUCACCAAAGCCAACAUCCAGAGAGACAAAAGACAAGCAGAGCUCAGCUUCCAGAAAGACGUCAACAAAGUCGGCCUCUUCCUCAUCCAAGUCUUCAAAAGGCAACUCAUCCUCUCGAUCCACUUCGUCAUCAGCAAACAAGCAAAAAAGCCUCCAUGAGUCCAAGAAAUCUGAAACCAAAACUACGUCUGCCAGGGGAACUAAAAGUUCCUCCUCACUUUCAAAGUUUGGGAAAACUCCACCUUCCUCUGGUCAGAAAUCUCAGUCAAACCAGAGUAAGCCUCCCGUUCGGUCAUCAAAACCCUCAUCCGCAGGUGGAAGUGUCCGUUCACCAGCGGCAGCCACUAAAUCAUCUGUAAAAACUCAGUCGGUGCAUAAAAAGGAUGCAAAACCUACACAGGGUGCAGUGGCAAGGUCUGACCACCAUGUGUCAGCAGAGAGCUGUUCCGCAAAAAAGAAUGAAUCCAUCAAUGAGAGGAAGAAAACCCAAGCAAAGGAUAAGAAAAAUGGCACACAGGAGACGAUGGGCAAUGAGAAUAAACAAGUUCUUAAUUCAAUUAAUGAAAAAUCUGAUGAACAGAAAAACAAGGAUGACAAUCAAGACAAAAGAACUGAAAUCCAAAUAUCUGGACCUGAGCAGGACCAUCUCACUCAUCAGGGAGCUGAUAAUGACAACGGCCCAUCAGAUGAAUGCCAGGAAAUGGAAGUAGAUGAGUCCACCAAGCUGCAGGACGGUGCACUUAAAGAUCAGGCUGCCACAGCUGAUGAUGGAGAAGAAGUUCCCACAAGGAUGCAGGUUUCUGAAAAUGAUGAGGCUAAAGAAGCCCAGAGUUCUGACGGAUCAUCUGAUAAAAACCAAGUGACAAGUGAAGAAACCAACCAGACUCCAAAUAUCAGUGGUGUAAAACAAAAAGAUGACAUCCUUUUAUCAGAGAGAGUCUGUGAAACCUCCAAAGAGGUUGGUCAGACCUCUAACAAAGACCACAAUGGCAGCAAAGACACUUUGAAAGACCAGAAACUGGUAGUUCCCACUGACUUUCUGUCUAAAGCAGAGGAUGAACCCACAGAUGAAGAGACUUGCAAGGUCAUAGAUUCAUUGGACGAUCAACCCGAAAAAACUGAGACGGAAUCAGAACGAGCAACAAAAGACAGUAAAAUCGUCUCUGGAGAUCCCAAACCAACUGGAGAAGGUGAGUCAAAAAGCAAAACAUCUAAAGGUGAAAAAGAAAAAUUACCAAAGCAACAGGACAAAACAAAGCCUGCAGUACAAAGAAAGGACAGCAAGAUAGAAAAAGAAGAGAGUCUUGAGGAUUUCGAGGAAAUGGUCUAUGAAGUUGUGGACUCCAUUGAAGACGAUUCAGUUCAAGAGCCCUCAACCACAGGGAGUUGUAGUAGGAGACAAACACCCAGAGGAAACAGAAAAGAUGAGAAGACAUCACCUCCUGUAGAAGAACCUAAGAAAUCUGACGACGAAGAAGAGGAAGUGUUCACAGUUUUAGACUCUGUGGAAGAGGAAAGUCCCAGUGAAAAACCAGUGGUGACGAGAUCGACUAGAAGAAGAGAAAACACAGCAAAGAAAGCUGAAGAAAAUACUAAGACGAAGGAAGACAAGACCCCCACAAGAAGAAGAUGCACACCAGUCAGAGAUUCUAAGGAAAAACAGAAAACUCCAAAAAAAGAUGUUCCUCUAAACGAAAGUGCACCAACAAAGACGAGUGACCCUGGGGAGGCGGACGCUACUCAUCAGGAACUGGACCAUGUUGAGUAUGACCAACCAACUACACAGAAACCAAGAAGAGGAAGACCAAAGAAAGACAGCAAAACUAGUAAAAAACAAACUGAGGAAGAAAAAGAAGAGCCUGUUUAUCAGAUUGUAGAUUCUCCAGAAGAAGAUCAAGAAAAAAACAUGACGGUAGAAUCCAGCCUGCAGAAAGAAAGUCAGACAAAAAUUGAAAUGGCUGCAAAUGACGAUACAGUUUCCUCACAGAUAAAAGAUCCACGGCGACCUAUUGGAGAGGAGGAUGAUGAAGCAGGGGCCGCUAGAGAGGAUCAACCUGCAGAGAAACAGAGGAGUACGUCAAAAAUAGACCAUAGGAAAGAAGAGAAGAGGAAAGAGUCGAUGGAAGGAGCUACUGAUGAGUCAGUGAAUCUACCUGAGAGAGGAGGGAAAGACGCGUCGGCUGCUGCGACUUACAACAGAGAGAUCGCAGAGGAAGAAACUCAGGAGGUUGUUGCUCCUAAAGAGGCAGACGAGGAUCGACGGGAAAAGCAGGGAACUCGGGACCAAUCAGUGGGCCGUCUAAAGAAUUUGUCGACUUCAGAUGACAAGAAAGAAGAAAAGGAGGAAAACGUACAAACUUCAAAGUCUUCUAAACGUAAACAUGACGACAACACAGUUGUUGAUAAACAGGAGAAAGAUCUGACCAAACCCGAAGUGAAGCGAUCCCGUUCUCAGUCUCCAAGUGUUCCUGUGGACUUCCAGCUGCCGCCAUUUAACCCCAGCAAUCCUCUGGGUGAGGAAUUCGUGGUCCCCAAGUCUGGAUUUUUCUGUAACUUGUGCUCCAUUUUUUAUUUGAAUGAAAGCACCGCCAAGAAAAUCCACUGUAGCAGCCAGAAACAUUACGACAACCUGCAGAAACAUUACCAGAAGCUAAAACUGAAAACUUCAUGAACGGCGACUCCAAGUGUCCACGAAUCUUUCUUCCGACUGAUCGAUUCACAACUGCACUUAAUUUUUCUAUAAGAAGAGAAACCAGAGACUUUCACCCAUUUCAUGUGUUCAUCGUUCACCAUGAUGCUACCAGUCAGUUGAGAACAUUUUUAAAAUCUUUUUUCUUUUAGAUUUUUUUAUGCUUUCUUUAGUUUUAGAUGCAAACACUGACAGACGUAUCCUAAAGUUUAAGUGGGAAAUAAAAGAAACAAACGUAGUUCCUUUCCGUUCUGGGAAAGUGUGGAAAAGUCUUUGGAUAAUGAACAUUUUUUUAUCCCUUUUUUGUAAAUGUGAUGUCCUUCUUUCUUCUUGCCUUACUCCCUUAUUUCUUUGUUUUUUGUGACCUUCCUCUCUUGUUUUUGGUUCUGCUGUUUGUUCAUUUUUUUCCUUCCUUUCCCUCCCUGUGCCCUAAUUUCUCUUUUCUUCCUUCCAUUGUCAUCUUUCUUGUUUUUCUCUUUCUUCUAUGCAUCCUAUUUUCUGUCCUUCAUUCCUUUCUCCUUCUGUGUCGUCCACAUCUCCUCCUUACUGUCUUUUCUUGUUUCCUGGCUUCUGCACUAAUUGGUACAGAAACUACUAGCUAGUAGUAACUAGUAGGUUGUUUGAAUCUAGUGCUUGUUUGAUGCCCGUACCAACUAGCUACUAGUUGGAACUAUAAGCUAGUAGCUAGCAGAAGCUACUGUCUACCACUAUUUAGUAGCUGAUAGUUGCAUCUAGCUAGUAGCUUCAAACUAUAAACUAUUAUAGAUGCUAGACGCUAAUCGCUACUUGCUAGUUGUAGCUUGUAGCUUCUGCUAGCUAGUUGUGUCUGAACUCUCCUGCUUUUCCAAAAUCCUUUCCUUGUUCUUUUCAUCCUUUUUAAAAAA